AUGGCAAACCUCAGCGUUGAUUUCUGCUCGUUUCAAAGCAUGGAUGUGCCCUCGAGAAGGAUCGUGGUCUUGGGAAAAACUGGAGCUGGGAAGAGUAGCCUUGCCAACACAAUAUUUGGAGAGAAUGUGUUUAAGACGAGCGCUUUACCUGUAUCCGAAACAAGCGAAUGUCAAGCUAAGUCCACAAUUGUCAAGGGAAAGCGCGUGACCUGGAUUGACACUCCUGGGUUUUUCGACACGGGGAGGAGUGAGGAGGAGAUGAAGCCUGCGAUAGUGAAGUGCAUCACUGAAUCCGCUCCCGGUCCUCAUAUUUUUCUCAUUGUGCUUAAAGUAGAGAAAUUUACAGCACAUGAGAAGGCUGUCAUAGAGACUAUAAAGCAGUAUUUCUCUCAGGAAGCUCUGAAAUAUGCCACGGUGCUCUUUACUCAUGGUGACCAGCUCGAUGAGGGAAUGGAGAUCAACCAGUUUGUUAAACAAAGUCCAGAUCUGUGUAGCCUGGUGGAGAGCUGUAGGGGCCAGUGCAACGUCAUCGAUAACAGAUACUGGAAGAACCCCCAGGAUGAGUACAGGAGCAACGAGUUCCAGGUGGCAGAGCUGCUCAGCACCAUUGACAAGAUAUUUGAGGCAAACAAAGGAGGAUACUACUCCACUGAGAUGCUGCAACUAAUGAAUAAAGAAAUGCAGCAAGAGUGCAUGAAGCAAUCAUCUGCAGACGUUUCGCCAGAUGAGAGCCUGCGAAAGGCAAAAGCUGCUGUCAAUAAAAAAUUGUUGCGUCAGGCUUCAGGAGUUACAACAGGUGCUCUGUUGGGUGCGUUUCUUGGUGGGGGGUUGCUGUUAGCGGGUGGUGCCGUACCCACAGCUGGAUUAGUACUGGGGGUAAUGUUAGGAACAACAGGAGGAAUUGCAGCGGGAGCAGACGCAACAAAGGAAAAAGAGGCAGAAGCACCGAAAGCAUCCGAAGCUAAGGAACAUCAGCAGCAAUAGGUUUAUUGAAUGUGAUGCAGCAGCUGAAGUAGAAAGCAGGGUUGGGAUGAAUCAUGAAAAUCAUCUGUUGACUAGUCAGCAACAAAGUUUAAUACGUUCAAAUCUAAGCAAUUAACCUUCAAGUUGAUUUGAUUGAUUGGUAUGAUUGAUUCCUUAUUCUUCAGCUACAGGUUAAUAAUUGUGCUGCAGCCUGUCAGCCUCUUUCCUGGAAAAUGGAUCUUAACACUUUUUUCUCUGCAGCAGACUAUUUACUGGAAACUAAGAGACUCUUGGAGAUUUCCUGAUUCUUGAAUCUAUUACGACUCCCAACCCUAGUAAAAUGAAGUCUGAGGCAAAAUGCCAAGUUUCUGAGAUUCACCAAGUUAAUUUCUAAAUCCUGGUCUCUUAAAUAGGAUAUUAAUCUUAUAAUAAUCUAAAGUUAUUAUGUAAUUGAUGGGUGAUCAGUUGUAAAUACUUUCUAACCUUUACAGUAAGUUAUAGCUACAAAGAUGCACUUUAUUUUCUGUCAUGAUCUGAUACAAAGUACUGCAUGUUUCAUCAGCUGUAUCUGACGUAUCUGAUGCCUUGUUUUCUUUGUGUAGUGUCAUCAUAUGUAAAGCCUUUGUGUUACCGUCUAUAUUUAAAGUUCCAGUGGAGUGCAACGAUAAUAAUCUGAGUGUGAUCAUAAUAAAUCUGUCACUUUCAUGCACCUUCGAGGUCUGUUUCUGUUGACAUUUUCUUGUGAAAGAAUGAAUUAUGAAUCAAUAAAGCAGCAAUUUCU